AUGCUGCGAACACCUGUUUUCAUUACUGCUUUGUUGAUUUUCUUGGCGCCAUCUCCAGUUUUCUGUCAAUUCUACGGAGAUCCGCAUUACAUGGAUCCCCUUUAUCAUCCUGCGAUACCACCUCCUUAUACAAGACCACGACUUUACCCUCUCCCAUAUCCUCGACCGGGACAAUACUUUUUCCCUUAUGAUCCUCAUGGUCCAACCAAAGCAGCUGUAAGAGGAGCUGUGGUUGGAGCUUUGUUGGGAGCACUGGCUGGAGGACGUUAA